UGAACCGGAGGCCCGAGGCCGCAAAGUGUGCGACGAAAAGCUCUCGACUCCAGUCGCUCGCGGGCUGCGCUCCAGUGCGCUUCGCCGACAUGCCUUUAGCUCUGUCACGUUCUUUCGCGAUCGUCUCCGUGCGUUAACGAUGCGUCGGUGGUAAACAGUGAGACAUGGAUCGAACGAAACCGACGAUGCUCUUGAUCGCGUCGUUGAUCGCUGCUCUGGCGGUCCUCGUUGCUACCGAUCCCUUCCUCGACGCCACGCAAGAGAUGUCCUGCUGUUCCCUGGCGGCCGGUUCUUGUCGCAGCGUCUGCUCUAAGAUCUCUUUGGUGGUGCUGGGUGCCGAGGAGGAGGCGAGGGAGAACGCGACACGCCGGCUGCUCGAGUUCUGUUCCCCGGAGCUGGCUCGGUUCUGGGGCUGCGUUAACUCGACUCUGAACGAGGUGAAGAAACAUGGAAACUGGAUUGGAAGGGGUUGCUGUUACCUGGCGCUGAAUCCAGUUUGUCGAUCCACGUGCGCGCUAUCGGGAUCCAGGAGAGAUCUCAAUGAAUCCUGUCGGCCAAGCGACGAGCCCGAAUUCUUUUCUUGUCUGGAGAAACGCGAGGAGGCCGAGAAAUGUUGCAGUAACGUGUCCAACGACACUUGCAGGACGAUCUGUCAAGAUCUCUUCUAUAAACCCGGAAAGAUCUCUAACUUGAAGUUGUACAGCAGCAAAGGAUGCUUCCAUCAAGUGCCAAAGUGUCUGAAGAACGUCGCCGAGGUGAAACAGGCGGAGGAUCCCAAACAACAUCUGCAUUGUUGCAACGAGGCGACCAACACGGCCUGCCUCGACACGUGCCGACGAAUCCUGCAAACCGCGACGACCGAUCAAGAGAUCAUGGACGCGUUGACGGAUAAAUGCAAGCCAGUUCUGCCUCAAUCACCGUUUUGGAGCUGCUUGCUAAAGUCUGGUUCGCCGAAGCCGGCUCGUCUUCCGUUGGAUGCGGGCAAAUUGUCGUGCUGCACCAAAGCGGCCAAGCUGUCGUGCCAGAGUCUGUGCUGGAGAGCGUUUCAAGCCGACUGGGAAUCAGCCUGGCUGGAAUUCGACGCUGAAUGUCUAUCGUCCAGUUUCGAAGGAGAGCUGAGGAGGUGUCUCGAGGAUGCCGACGAUCCUUGCGAAAUGGGCUGCUCGGGACUGUCCUACUGCGCCCGAUUCAAUGAUAGAUCCACGACGUUGUUUAGAAGUUGUUCGGCGACGUCCGACGAAGCAGCCGAAUGGGAAGCGCAUCACUGGGCCCGAGGUGGUACCGUCCGAGGGUUGGGUAUCCCAGUGCGAGCUGCGGCAUCCUGUCCCCAGGAAACACUGCGUGCAGCCGCGUGUCUGUUACAGCUACGUCCUUGCGAGAGCAGAAUCCAUGAAACGAGACUUUGUCGCGAGGAUUGUUUAGAAUUAAUGGUCAGCUGCGUAGAUUGGUCCGCUAUAACUGGACCGCACACAGCAGCCACGUUGUGCGCCAAGCUUUCACCGGCCAGGUCUGACGCGCCUUGUGUGUCUCUGAAGCCGUUCUUAGAAGAUCCACAAGAGGAAUCUGUCGUACAUCUCGAAGAGGACAUCGCGACACCUUGCAAGAGUAAUCCUUGCGCCCAAGGCGAGAUCUGCGAGCUGGUGCACCACGGUCGACAAUUAUAUCGGUGUCUGCCAGCCUGUUCCCUGGGAGAGAUGUCAAAGCAAAUGGUUCCCGCGGGAUCUUGGGUGCAGAUCCCGAGAUUCGAUCAACAGGGCUGCCUCAGAAUCUGCCAGUGCACUUUACGCGGUCUCGAGAAAUGCAAAACGCUCAACUGUUUCAAAUUCAAUUCUUGUUGGGUGCACGAUCGUUACAUAGCACACAAAGCGAACUUCUAUCUCGAGUGCAACCCCUGCCACUGCUUCGAGGGCGAGUUCACGUGCUCGAAAAGGAAUUGCGGAGACCCAGGAGUCCCGUCUUUACCCUGCGACUGCCCGACUCACUACGUCCCCGUCUGCGGUCGAUUAGGCUUCACGUUCGCGUCCGGAUGCUUGGCCAAAUGCGCCGAGAUGUCCGCGAGCGAAGUCGAGUUCGGCAGAUGUUCGUCCAGAGAUCCCUGCGCCUCGAAUCCUUGCGACAGCACCGAGAAAUGUGUACGGAGGACCAGAGUGUGCUUGUCGAGGCUUCAUAAACCUUGUCCGCAAUACGAAUGCGUUCCCCUCGAUUGCUACUUACGCGACGAAACUAGCGGUCCCGUCUGCGACCAGGAGAAUCGUCAGCAUAGUUCUAUUUGCGCUAUGAUCCGAAGCGGAGCCACGCUGGGUUACAGAGGACCUUGUUUGGAAGGAUGUAGCUUGCGGGGUCCGGUUUGCGGUGCCAACGGAGAGGUGUAUGCGAACGAAUGCGCGGCUUGGGCGGAGAGGACCGUGGUGGAUUACUUUGGAUCUUGCGUGGCCGUGGGAUUAAUCGGUGAUCAUGCUAAACCUCGAUGCGGAGAGGCGGUGCAAUGUCCUCGACUGAUAGAACCUUACUGCGUGGGCGUCACACCGCCCGGGGCUUGCUGUCCCGUUUGCGGCGGAGCGGCCAAACUGUUUUAUUCCAAGAAACAGCUGGAUAGGAUAUAUUAUAUGAUGGACGAAGACGUGGACAAGGAUUCGGUUACGCUCGAGACUCUGUUAACUGCCCUUUCAAGGCAGAUUCAGGUGUCACAGUGUGUUCUCCGGGGCAUGAUCACACCGGACCGUGACAUAUUCAUCGUGGUCCAGUCCACCUUGAAGAGGCCAACGAGUUUGCAGUUGCGGGCUUGCGUGGUCGAAGCGGAGAAGUUAGUUACCAGGAUUUCGGAGAGGAGCCCGAGGAUCGCGGCCGAGGUACCUUUAGGCGCGCUCACCAGAGCGGAACUUGCUCACAGUUACAUAUCAAGUGCCAUAUCCAUUAAUGGAUGCGUUAUGCAUAUCGUUUCUGGAGUUUUCAUUUAUGUUCUAAUCUCGUAAAGACAUCGGGGACGUCGCGUUUUCUCAAAGGUGCUAAAAACGUUUUCUCUCUCUUUUUUUUACCUAACGAUUUUACCGUUUCCGGUAACGUCGAGUUCAUGACUGUGAUUCUUCUAGUGCCUACUAACGUAAUAUACAGAAAAUUAUAGUGUAUUUUCUUAUCUUAAUAUUGCCAAAGAAAGAAAAGUGCGUGGAACAUGUACAAAGGCGAAUGUAUAAUCACCCGAACGCAAUUAUUAAUUCUGAUGAUCUUGCGAGUUUUAGUUACCAAAUAAAAAUUGCAACACCGUGUAAUAUUUGCGUUCUGGGAAUUGAACGGUGAUUACGCUGCUCAUUUUAUGUUGUAAAUAGAACGUAGAGUCCUAACUUAAGUUACCAAAAAACAUCGUAUUCUCGUAGUGAAUAAAAAAACAUCUGCUCUGAAUCUCUUGUUUCGCCUCGUGUGUUUGUUAUUAAAAAUGUGGAUAGCACGCAGAUGCUACCAGGUAAUAACGUGUUAAUCAAAGUUCUCGUUGUUAAAUACAAACUUUUUUGUAUAGACAUAUCUAUAAGUUAUAAUAAAUUUCUAAUUUUUAUCGUACGCAGUUCAUCGAAAUGAAUCAUAUAUAAGUGUUUGUAUAUAUACCAUUAAUGCAGAGAAUUACGAAA